AUGGCGACGCUCUUGACAUGUUGUCUCAGCGAAAGAGACAAAAGUCAACGACUAACAAGUCGUGACAUCGAUAGAAGAUUAAAUAGGGAUAGAAUGACAUUUAGAAGAACCGUAAGGAUUUUACUUUUGGGUGCUGGUGAAAGUGGGAAGAGCACAUUUUUGAAACAAAUGAGGAUUAUUCACGGUGUUGACUUCGACAAUGAAGAUCUUCAGGAGUUCAAAUCUAUCAUUUAUAACAAUAUAGUGAAAGGUAUGCGCGUAUUGAUAGACGCCAGAGAUAAGUUAGGCAUACCGUGGGGUGACGAGACAAAUGUCAAAGAUGCCAACUUUGUUUUUAGUUUUGAUGGGAAUAAUAAACUCGAUGAUCACACCUUCCUUCAGUAUGUGGAACCAAUGAAAAACUUAUGGAAUGAUAAUGGAAUCAGAACAGCCUUUGACAGAAGAAGAGAGUUUCAAUUGGGAGAUUCAUUACUGUAUUUUGCCAAUAAUUUAGAUAGAAUAGGACAACUGAACUACAUUCCAACUAAAGAUGAUAUUUUACUGUCUAGGAAGGCUACAAAAGGAAUCAUAGAAAAGAUUCUCCAUAUCAGAGGUGUACCAUUUAUGUUCAUUGAUGUAGGAGGUCAAAGGUCACAGCGUCAAAAAUGGUUUCAGUGUUUCGAGGGCAUUACAUCAAUACUAUUUUUAGCAUCAUCCAGUGAAUUUGAUCAAGUUUUAAUGGAAGAUCGUAAAACCAACAGAAUGCAGGAAUCCUGUUUUAUUUUUGAAACAAUAAUCAAUAACAAAUCUUUUGUGAAUGUGUCGGUUAUUUUAUUUUUAAACAAAAUGGAUUUAUUGACAGAAAAGGUCAAGGCAGUGAAUAUCAGUGACUAUUUCCCCGAUUUUCAAGGUGACCCACACAAUAUUGAAAAUGUGAAGACUUUCUUACUGCGGAUGUUCGACUCUCGCAGACGUGAUAAAGCGAAACCACUAUUUCAUCAUUUUACUACUGCAAUUGACACAAAAAAUAUUGAGCGAGUUUUUCGCGACGUAAGAGACACUAUCUUACACGAUAACCUCAAAUCCUUGAUGCUGCAAUAA